AGGACACAUCUCAACCUGCUCUAUACAGAGGAGACUUCUACCUUUUUCAAAAAGAAAAAAUGCUGAACAGGAUUUUGUUUGUUUGCCUGUUUCUGGCUCUGUACAGUGCAGGCUCCUCACUGAGCUGCAGGUGGAUGGAUCAUAAAUUCAGACAGUACAGUGAAAACUCUUUGGAUCUACUAGAUACCAUGGUGAGUUCACUUGUUCACGUGUUGUUUAAAGUCACUGAAUUAUCUUCACUGAGUGAGUUCACUGUGUGUUUACUUCAACACAUGAUGUGUGUGUGUGUGUGUGUGUGUGUGUGUGUGUGUGAUGCAGGUGAAUAAUUCCACUAACAGCACUGAGGAUGCUGAAGUGGAGGACACUGUGGCCUUCCCUAAUGAUCUGUACAGCCAGGCGUCCAAAGCAUCAGCUGAGGAUAAACUUGGUUUCACAGUGCAGGUUCUGGAGGAGAUGGCCGUCCUGUUUGAGGAGGAUCACAGCGCUGCAUCAUGGGAGGAGAGCACAGUGAAGGACUUUGUCAACAUUGUGACCCAGCAGGCUGACGGCCUUCACUCCUGUGUAAACUGGCACAGCCACAAGAAGAAGAACAAGAAGCUGCACAUGUAUUUCAAGAGACUGUCAGGCCACGUCCUAGAACGAAUGGGCCACAGUGCUGAAUCCUGGGAGCUGAUCAGGAAGAAAAUCAAAACCCAUUUAAUGAGAGCUCACCAGCUGGUUUCAUCUCUGCUCACCACCAACUAA